AUGGCAACAGGAAAUAAGGCUUAUCACGACGGUGGUCGGUUUGUAAGGCCAGACAGCACAUUUCGGAAUUUUAUCUCCAAAGACCCAAACUCCCGGUUUCCAGCUGAGGCCGGACGGUAUGCCCUUUAUGUGUCACCGGGAUGUCCAUGGGCUCAUAGAACCCUCAUCGUGCGCCUACUCAAGGGCCUAGAAUCUAUCAUAGACGUGUACCAAGUACACUUCACCAUGGGCCCAGAAGGGUGGUAUUUUAGUGGUGAGGGCGAUUCACUCAGCGAGGAUCCCCUCCAUGGCUUCAAAACGCUGAAGGAGCUGUACUUGAAAGCUGAUCCAAAUUACGACGGACGAUAUACCGUUCCCGUUCUGUGGGACAAAAAGGCCGAUGUCCUCGUGAACAAUGAGUCGUCAGAGAUCAUUCGAAUGCUAUACGCCGAGUUUGACCAUCUCCUGCCAGAGAACCUGCGAGAGGCCAACAAGGCGGGUGGCGGUUUAUAUCCCGACCACUUACGGCAACAAAUUAACGAACUAAACGCUUGGGUGUACGAUACCGUUAAUAAUGGCGUUUACAAGACGGGCUUCGCCAAGAGUCAAGAAGCCUACGAAGAGAAUCUCCAUAUCCUGUUCAGAUCCCUCGACAGGCUAGAGGAGCUACUAAGCCAUGGAAAACAGUUCCUCCUUGGCAAUCAGUUGACCGAGGCAGAUAUUCGACUGUACACAACCUUGGCUCGGUUCGACGUCGCAUAUCACCCAGUUUUUCUCUGUGAUCUCAAAAUGAUUCGGCAUGAUUAUCCCAGAUUGCAUCUUUGGUUGCGUCGUCUGUAUUGGGAUGAGGACGAGAAUGGUGCGAUCCGGGGUGCUUUCUACAAGACGACGGAGCCAUACAUACGGCAGUACGGUUACGGAUACGCGCACUCGCGGCGGAAGAUUGUCAUGGGAGACCACGGUCCGUUGAUUGUGCCGGUAGGGCCGGAAAUCAAGAUGAUUUCACUGCGGGAAUAG